CCGCGACGUGGCUGGUGGUUAACGCCCGCUCGGCGCCGCCAUGUUCAAGGUAGUUCGGCUCGGGGCUACCCCUGUUGGCCUGAGCUUGUUCUCUAUCCAGGUUUAUGCUGCUUCUUCAGAGAAAGAGACUUCCAAAAAGAAGUUGCUGAAAACUGAGGAGCUGUCACUCUACUCCUCUCCAGCUUGUGAGACUAAAUAUGUGGAGAAUCCACAAACCCAAUUGGAAGAGGGGGUUUCACAUUUACGACAUGUUAUGGAGCCAUAUACAGCCUGGUGUCAGGAUCUUUAUGCCCAAGCUAUGCCCAAAUUAGAAAAAGCUGUUGAGCAUGGUAGAGAAGGCUAUGAGUUUCUCCAAAACCCCCCUGCUGGAUUUUAUCCAAGGCUUGGUGUGAUAGGUUUUGCUGGAAUUAUUGGAUUGUUUCUUGCUAGAGGCUCAAAAAUAAAGAAGCUAGUGUAUCCCGCAGGUCUCAUGGGUAUUGGUACCUCCAUAUAUUACCCUCAGCAAGCGGUUGCUAUUGCAAAGGUUGCUGGUACACAGCUGUAUGACUGGAGUCUUCAGGGAUAUAUUGCUGUAGAAUCUCUUUGGAAGGAUAAUCCUAAGAAGAAGAAAUCUGGGGAAAAAAGUGGUAAGGGUGAUACAGAUGGUGACAAGCCCCUCGAAAUCCAUGCUUCAAAUGAAGAGCGAGCCAAGAAGUAGAACACCAGAUCACUUGGUAUCAAACAGGUGAACAAAAAAAAACUUACAGAGCAACCAUUUCCCAAGAAAAAGGAAAACCAUCUGAAUCUAUUUUGAUUUUGAAUGUGACUAAUCUGCCUUCUGCCUCCAGAAAGACUGACGAUGUGCUGCUUGGCCUUCUGGUAUGGAAACUGAAAGGACACUGUAUUUUGGGGCGAUCUUGAGACCUUGUCCUCAGUUCUGCAGUGGGACUCAUGUCUGCCCAUACUUGUCCCGUUGCAGGAUCAGCAUUGCAAGUAGCAAGUCUCGAAAUUCCCCAGCCUCUUGUUGUUAUUUAUAUAUAAAAUAUAAUUCAGUUGCACAAAAUGAUCCUUUGCUUUUUCCUCCUCCUGUUUUAAGUUCAUAUAAUUGACCUUUGCACUGUCUGUGGAAGGUUCUUGAGAUGCUGUUGACAAUGCCUGUAUUUUUUAACAGUGAGGAAAAGCUUAAAGUAGCAUGAUGUUUUGGCUGACAUUAGCUAAUAGAAUUAUGAAUGAGGACAAUUACAAUGACUCUUGUGUUUUGUCCAAGUCUCCCUCUCCUUUCUAUACAAAUCUUCUACCUCAUCUGUGCCAGCAGGAGGUAUAUAAUGAAGCAUCUGUGAUUUCCUGUCUAGUAGAUGGAUGGGAAUGCAGCUGUAAAUGGUUGUUCUUGUUUCUGCUUGAAGGCACAGCUCAGUGGGAACCAGAAUGUUAUGGUGGUGGGAACCAGCUAUAGAAUAACUUGGCUGUUUACUUAUUCCCAUCCAGGGAGGGGAGGAAAAAGUGAAGGGAAAUACAAAGGGAUUUCCAGCAUUUUAAAAUCAUUGCACAAUAAAAGCCUUUCAUCAUU